ACACCACUCAGAGUUGCACUAAGACUGGUAACUGCACGGUAAAAGAUGGCUGUCAUUAUUGUUACGAUGGUGAGAAUUGUGCCUGCCGGAUGGGUUAUGAAGUUCAUGAUGGCGUUUGUAUCGAUAUAGACGAAUGCAACCAGACAUCACCGUGUGAUUCCACAUCAUCCAACUGCAUCAACAUGAAUGGAACGUACGAGUGUGUGUGCAAGGAUGGCUACCAGAAAGACAAAUCCACUGGAAUCUGUCUUGCCUGCCAGGAUGGAAUGUACGGUAAAAAUUGUUCGAAACUCUGCCAGUGCUCCCCUGCCAUGUGUAACAAAACAACUGGAUGUCAGUCGCCGUGUGAGAACAGCGGAUUCACAGGGGCAGACUGCGAUGAGAAUGUCAACGAAUGCCAGAUCAAUGGUAUCUGUGGAGCUGCUAAUUGUAACGACACCCAUGGAUCUUACUACUGCUACUGUCCGCAGUGGUUUCAGCUGAUGGGAUCCAAUACAAACAUCAAAUGCUCCGUCAUAGAUGCCUGCCAAUACAACGUGACCGACGGUGGCACUCAACUAGUGAACGGAACCUGCGUGAACAAUGGUGUAUGUAAGAAUGGAACGAACUUAGCGGCUCCUGGCACGUUCGCAUGUGAGUGUGCGCCAGGUUUUGACGGAAAGUUUUGCGAACACGACAUAGACGAAUGUUUGAGCAACAACUGCGACCUCAAAACACAACACUGCGUCGACCAGAUCAACGGUUUCUACUGUGCCUGCAAUCCUGGCGUGUCUGGGCCUGGAUGCAACUUUUUUGGUACUGUUGUAUUUUAUUUAGUUGUUAUUUUUCAUCUAAUUGUAACUUCUCUCUACUUUCUGGGUACCGUUUUUACAUCUAGAUGUAGAUAG